UUAUACCUGUACUUACAGCCGUUGUAUCGAAAUUAGACCAAAGCGUUGGCGAUGUAAUGGACGCACUGCGAAGUCGCGGCAUGUUGGAAAAUAGCAUAGUAGUCUUCAUGAGCGACAACGGUGCACCAACCAACGGUAUACUGAGCAAUCAAGGCAGCAAUUACCCUCUUCGUGGCAUAAAGAACAGUCCAUGGGAAGGUGGAACGAGAGGAGUCGCAGCUAUCUGGAGUCCUCUGAUUAGAAAAUCUAAAAGAGUGUCGAAUCAAAUGAUGUUCAUGUCCGAUUGGCUACCUACACUUUUAUCUGCAGCAGGAGUGGACAGGAUACAACUCGGAAACAUCGAUGGAUUCGAUCUCUGGCCAUCCUUGGUGUCGGGCAAAAUCAGUCCCAGAUCCGAAAUAGUGAUCAACAUCGAUGACCUCGCUGAUUAUGCUGCUAUUAGACGAGGCGAUUUUAAAUAUAUCAUCGGCCGGACUGAAACUGGCAUCGCCUGGCUUGGGGCAAGUGGAGACCCAUCCGAGGGCGUUUCCCCUCGAUACGAUCCUCACAAAGUGUUGUACAGCAAAACUGGUGUCGCUAUUUCUGGUAUUAUUACCGCCAAACAAGCGAUGGAACUAAACAAAAAGAAAAAAGAAAACAUAAGAAUUGUGUACGAUACUUCUUCAAAAACCAAUUUUCAAGAGAAGAUACUUACCAGCGAGGACAUUAUCGAAAUGCGAAAAAAAGCACAGAUAAAGUGUAACGUUACAGAGAAAGAUAAGAUCCCUUGCGAGCCAAUGAUAGCACCAUGUCUCUUUAAUAUAGAACAAGAUCCUUGCGAAAUGGUGAAUCUUGCUGAGAGAAAUCCUGUGAUUUUAACUAUAUUUGAAACGAUUCUUAUUAGGCACAGAUUAACCGUGAUACCUCCUAGUAAUUUGGAUGGAGAUCCCAGAUCGAACCCAUCGCUUUGGAAUAACACCUGGACCAGUUGGGCCGAACCUAAUCCAUUAAUGCUCGCUUAUACGAAUAUUAAGCAGCCUGAAUAUUACGCCGAUCAGGCGAUCGUAGUAAUAUCUAUCAUUUUUUGUUUUUUCGUUAUUGGAGCAAUAAUUGCUUUUAAGUGUCGGAAAACUAAUUCGAACAACUUGGGGAAUCCUGAAUAUCAGAAUUAUCAUGAAAGAGUCACUUGUACUAUAGAUGACAGCGAAGAAGCAUUUUCCAUAUCUAGUGUUGUACCAGGUACAAGACGAAAUGAUACGCCUAGACACGGAGAUAUAAAUUGACAUCUUCGAAUGAGAUACACGAGCGCUAAACCUCUUUUAAUUACCGUAAAAAUUUAUUACACUCGUCGUACUCUUUUGCAAAGAUAAUAAUAUUCUAUUUGAAUUCUAAUAAUUAAACUGCACGCGAUACUUGUUCAUUUAUAAAUUCACGAAAUGUAUUAAAUGAAAGCGAGUACACAAGUUUCACGGUUUUUAUCUCGUGUCAUCUCGUUCUUUACUUUCCUAUAGAAAACGUGAUCCAUACGAUAUACAGGAGUAUUAUAUCGUUAAUAGGAUGACAACGAUAAAAUACAAAUUCCAAGUUUAAAGGUACCGCUUGUUCAGUAAGUUUGUUGUACUUUGAGAAAAAUUCAUCGAAUAAUUCGCAACAUUUGUAAAUAGUCGACAAUCUUAAUUAAUGCUUACGAAAUAUUCAUACUGAUUAAAAACAAAAAUUACACCUAUGACUAGAUUAUAUCACUUCUAACAGAAUUAAACACACGCGCACGUGCGUUCAUUUAACUGACAUCUGUCACAUGAAUGAUCAACAAUAAAAACACUUUUAUGAAUAAAUA